ACGCAAAACGUACAAUUUGGAAUUUGUGUAUAUGGUUUUUUUAGAAUAUGAUGUGUAGAUGGCUUCUCACCAAGAUCGUACUUUCAGAAGUUAUUGCGCCUAUUUUUGAAGUCUUCAUGCACUCAGCUGAAGGAAAUCUCAAUUGUUAUGGCUCCUGGUAACAACGAGCGACAUCCGAGUCACACGGGAACAAUUCCGAAGACGAAAGCUCGGAAUAAUUGCAAUGUUCCACAGGAGGCUGUGACUCCCACCAGGAGGGAUAUGGCAUCCAACCUAGUCUCGACAUCCCUUGACUGGGUCCCUGUGUCAGAAUACAACACCAGAACAAAUUACAACCAAUCAAGAAAGCAAACAAAUAAUACAUCAGACCAAGAACUUAAUGACUUAGAAAAUUCCAUAUCAUUUGAGAGUGGAUUCGGAAGGUUUGUCCCGGUGAGGCCGCAGCCGCGCGCUCUGCCCCUGAAUGUGCAGAACCGCGAGAACCUGUCCAAUGAGCACCAGGAAGACGCCAGCUCCAUGUCUGGACACACCCUCCACCCUUAUGCACAUCAAAUGCAGAAUGGUUUAGUUCCUCACUCGAAUCAUGCAAAUCAUGCCGCUGCAGCAGUCAUGAUCGUCAACCCCACCACACCGAAUGCGGUCACAGCAAACAUGUCUCAACCUUUCAAUGCGCCUAAUCAAAACCGAAAGAACUUGACGAAUAACUUGAACCCAGCAAGAAACAAUUUAGACGGCAACCAUUCGAGCCACAACAACGCAGCGCCCUCCAGGCCGGGCACUAAGACUGUCAACCUGAUGAAUAACAUGUACGACCCGCAGGCUACCAUGAAUAACGUCAAUGAAAAUAACCAUGUUCACAGGGAAUCUGCCAGGGCGCUAGGGGAGGCCAUCGUGGCGGCCUGCCCCGACACCGCGGCCGUGGAGCGCCGCCUCGGCCAGAUCCGCGAGUACAUCCGCGUCACGUCGUCGCUCGUCGACACCAUGCGCACCUCCGAGGACGAGGCAUUUAUUGAGCAUACGAAAGAAGAAUAUGACGAACUGGUAGAGAUGGUCAUGAAAUUGAAAGAUAGUGAGUCGAAACUAGAGAAAGUGUUGAAUGAGGAACCUGAUAAUGUGGAGGUGCCUGCCGAAGAAGCAGAUGUUGCGGCGGCGGCCGCGGACGAGACCGCGGGGGAUGCAGAACUUGCCACUGAAAUCGAAGAUGAUCAGCCGAGCAACGUCGCAACCAAACAAGAUACUACUGCUGAGUGUACCACGCUGAAAAAAGUCACUAAUCUAGAGAAUGAACAGUUGAAUAAAAGCUUGCAAAGUGUAAAGAAUUCUAAUGAACAUCUGAUACAACCAGCGAGCGAUAUAGGCGAUGCACCCGAACGCGCGCCGCUCCCGUUGGCAGAAAAACACGACCCCGACGACGAUACAAUGGAAAUCAAAGAAAUUGAAAGCAUUCCGUGCGAAGAGAAAACACACGACCAUCAUUUGAAUGAGGUGUUGCGUAAAAAUAUUAUUUCGUGCGUAGAAAAAGUAGCGAUCAUAGAAGAAAUGAAAAACAAAAACUGCAGUAACAUUGAAGAUCAGGACGUGGUAGUUCGACCGGUGUCAGUUCAGAGUAACGGUUCAGCUUAUAGCGAGAGUGAACUUUGGCAGAAUGAGAUAAAAAACAAAAUGGAGUUGUCUCAACGCCGCUUGACCGCUUUAAAGCAACAGCAGGAGAGACUAAUCAAGUACCAGGAGGAAGCCAAGCAACAAUUGGAGGAAAUCAGCCGAGAGCGACAGUCUCAAGAAGGUCUUCCGUCGACUUCCCAUGACAACUUUGCAGGCAUACAGAAUCACCACCCAAUGAACGGCAACUACAACCGUAUGUACGCCGCGAACCAGAUCGGGGUGGCCACGACACUGCCCCAUUCGAACGAGAAUGUGUGGAAACCACUGUUAACUCAUUCGAACGAGAACGCUAAGAGUGGCACCAACAGCGAGCACGGACACAACCAGGACGACAGGUUCUCGCAACGCGACGCGAACAUCGCGAGCAGCGAGAACGCUAAGAGUGGCACCAACAGCGAGCACGGACACAACCAGGACGACAGGUUCUCGCAACGCGACGCGAACAUCGCGAGCAGCGAGAACGCUAAGAGUGGCACCAACAGGGAACACGGACACAACCAGGACGACAGGUUCUCGCAACGCGACGCGAACAUCGCGAGCAGCGAGAACAAGUGGAAACCACUGUUAACUCAUUCGAACGAGAACGCUAAGAGUGGCGCCAACAGCGAGCACGGACACAACCAGGACGACAGGUUUUCGCACCGCGACGCGAACAUCGCGAGCAGCGAGGAGGCGGGCGGCGCGCACAGCGACGCGGAGGACGCGCUGACGGAGCGCGGCCGCGCGCUGCAGGCCAAGCUGCGAGAGCUGCAGCUCAAGAAGCGGCACUUGGAGAACCUCGUGUCAGAGUUCCAGAAGCUGCAGAUGGCGACGCAUCUCGGCUCCAACAACACUUACUCCAGCUCUGGAGAGGACAGCGCCGACGACGAGCCGACAAGGAAAUGUAACAAUGAGGGAGGUAAUAUCAAAAACGGAGACCCUUUUAAACUUAUGGAAAUCAAAGCCAUUAAAACAGCACUACAGAAGACUAAAGAUCUGAUGCGCUCGGUAGAAAACUACGAGUCGGACCAUAUGUCCGGCGCGCACGAUGAUUCCUUCCAGAUGACUAGUCACUCUAAUAUAAACGACAAUAAAUCGGAAGGCGGCGGCAGUAUCGGCGGCUGGUCCAACGACGGCAGCGGGUGCCGCGUGCGCAACUCGCUGCCGCAGCGGCACAAGUUCACCAACGAGCAGCACGAGCAGCUGCAGCUGCAGCACCUGCAGCAGCCGCAGCAGAUGAGCCACGAGUCCAAUAUUGCGUCUUUGCAAGAGUUGGCUCAAGAACUUCGCAUGGAGACAGAGAAGAUUGUCGGUGAGAGAGCUCGUAUCAAAGACAUGCUGUCCAAUAAGGAGCCGAGCCGCAAGCAGAAGAAGGUGAACGAGCAGGCGUCGCCGUCGCCGUCCCGCAGCGGCGGCGGCUGGCACGCGCCCGGACCCGCCGAGCGGCGCCAGCUGCAGCUGCGCGCGCUGCUCGCCGACAAGCAGCGCGAGCUGGACAGCCUGCUCAACAAGGAGGUACACAAACCGUCCCGCGGCUGGCACGCGCCCGGACCCGCCGAGCGGCGCCAGCUGCAGCUGCGCGCGCUGCUCGCCGACAAGCAGCGCGAGCUGGACAGCCUGCUCAACAAGGAGGUACACAAACCGUCCCGCGGCUGGCACGCGCCCGGACCCGCCGAGCGGCGCCAGCUGCAGCUGCGCGCGCUGCUCGCCGACAAGCAGCGCGAGCUGGACAGCCUGCUCAACAUGGAGGUACACAAACCGUCCCGCGGCUGGCAUGCGCCCGGACCCGCCGAGCGGCGCCAGCUGCAGCUGCGCGCGCUGCUCGCCGACAAGCAGCGCGAGCUGGACAGCCUGCUCAACAAGGAGGUACACAAACCGUCCCGCGGCUGGCACGCGCCCGGACCCGCCGAGCGGCGCCAGCUGCAGCUGCGCGCGCUGCUCGCCGACAAGCAGCGCGAGCUGGACAGCCUGCUCAACAAGGAGGUACACAAACCGUCCCGCGGCUGGCACGCGCCCGGACCCGCCGAGCGGCGCCAGCUGCAGCUGCGCGCGCUGCUCGCCGACAAGCAGCGCGAGCUGGACAGCCUGCUCAACAAGGAGGUACACAAACCGUCCCGCGGCUGGCACGCGCCCGGACCCGCCGAGCGGCGCCAGCUGCAGCUGCGCGCGCUGCUCGCCGACAAGCAGCGCGAGCUGGACAGCCUGCUCAACAUGGAGGUACACAAACCGUCCCGCGGCUGGCAUGCGCCCGGACCCGCCGAGCGGCGCCAGCUGCAGCUGCGCGCGCUGCUCGCCGACAAGCAGCGCGAGCUGGACAGCCUGCUCAACAAGGAGGUACACAAACCGUCCCGCGGCUGGCACGCGCCCGGACCCGCCGAGCGGCGCCAGCUGCAGCUGCGCGCGCUGCUCGCCGACAAGCAGCGCGAGCUGGACAGCCUGCUCAACAAGGAGGUACACAAACCGUCCCGCGGCUGGCACGCGCCCGGACCCGCCGAGCGGCGCCAGCUGCAGCUGCGCGCGCUGCUCGCCGACAAGCAGCGCGAGCUGGACAGCCUGCUCAACAAGGAGGUACACAAACCGUCCCGCGGCUGGCACGCGCCCGGACCCGCCGAGCGGCGCCAGCUGCAGCUGCGCGCGCUGCUCGCCGACAAGCAGCGCGAGCUGGACAGCCUGCUCAACAAGGAGGUACACAAACCGUCCCGCGGCUGGCACGCGCCCGGACCCGCCGAGCGGCGCCAGCUGCAGCUGCGCGCGCUGCUCGCCGACAAGCAGCGCGAGCUGGACAGCCUGCUCAACAAGGAGGUACACAAACCGUCCCGCGGCUGGCACGCGCCCGGACCCGCCGAGCGGCGCCAGCUGCAGCUGCGCGCGCUGCUCGCCGACAAGCAGCGCGAGCUGGACAGCCUGCUCAACAAGGAGGUACACAAACCGUCCCGCGGCUGGCACGCGCCCGGACCCGCCGAGCGGCGCCAGCUGCAGCUGCGCGCGCUGCUCGCCGACAAGCAGCGCGAGCUGGACAGCCUGCUCAACAAGGAGGUACACAAACCGUCCCGCGGCUGGCACGCGCCCGGACCCGCCGAGCGGCGCCAGCUGCAGCUGCGCGCGCUGCUCGCCGACAAGCAGCGCGAGCUGGACAGCCUGCUCAACAAGGAGGUACACAAACCGUCCCGCGGCUGGCACGCGCCCGGACCCGCCGAGCGGCGCCAGCUGCAGCUGCGCGCGCUGCUCGCCGACAAGCAGCGCGAGCUGGACAGCCUGCUCAACAAGGAGGUACACAAACCGUCCCGCGGCUGGCACGCGCCCGGACCCGCCGAGCGGCGCCAGCUGCAGCUGCGCGCGCUGCUCGCCGACAAGCAGCGCGAGCUGGACAGCCUGCUCAACAAGGAGGUACACAAACCGUCCCGCGGCUGGCACGCGCCCGGACCCGCCGAGCGGCGCCAGCUGCAGCUGCGCGCGCUGCUCGCCGACAAGCAGCGCGAGCUGGACAGCCUGCUCAACAAGGAGGUACACAAACCGUCCCGCGGCUGGCACGCGCCCGGACCCGCCGAGCGGCGCCAGCUGCAGCUGCGCGCGCUGCUCGCCGACAAGCAGCGCGAGCUGGACAGCCUGCUCAACAAGGAGGUACACAAACCGUCCCGCGGCUGGCACGCGCCCGGACCCGCCGAGCGGCGCCAGCUGCAGCUGCGCGCGCUGCUCGCCGACAAGCAGCGCGAGCUGGACAGCCUGCUCAACAAGGAGGUACACAAACCGUCCCGCGGCUGGCACGCGCCCGGACCCGCCGAGCGGCGCCAGCUGCAGCUGCGCGCGCUGCUCGCCGACAAGCAGCGCGAGCUGGACAGCCUGCUCAACAAGGAGGUACACAAACCGUCCCGCGGCUGGCACGCGCCCGGACCCGCCGAGCGGCGCCAGCUGCAGCUGCGCGCGCUGCUCGCCGACAAGCAGCGCGAGCUGGACAGCCUGCUCAACAAGGAGAAAGUACUGUUUGGAAAUACAGAAGCUCAAAAAAUGAUGGCGGACUCGUGUACCGGCUCCGUCAUUACUGGUGUCAACCAGUCCUACAACAGUGAACAAGAAGAACCCGAUUCGCGGUCGGAACAGAUACUUUUGGACUCUCAAAACUCCAGAGACGAGGACAACUUUAGGGUGUGUCCGCAGGGCGGCCUCGGCACCGCCACGCUGCCGUCGCGGCACGCCAGCGCCUGCUGCAGCGACAGUGACAGCGCAUCGCGGACCAAAUCGAACCAGAGAAGUCGAGCUCGCCGCAGGCAAACCCAAGAUCGUCUGUCUGAAGAUAACAAUGUACCACAGGCAAACAACUCGAGCCAUUCACUGAGGCACGAGCCCAGAGCGGAGCCGUCAAACAUCAACAUGGUCCCGCCCAUUUCUCAAAAUGUUGACAGUCCUAUCAACAUGCCGUACCCUCACGGGCCGCCGCCGUAUUGGAAUAAUACGAAUAAAACUAACCAGGAUAUGCGUACGAACCAGUUCACACAGAACAGCCACUCGCAGACCAUGGAGCGGCUGAUGGGGACGCCGCAGAUGGGCUUCCCGCCCUCCAUGCCCUUCAACAUGAUGCUGCCCUAUGGCGGCAUGGUGCCCGGCUGCGGCUGCGGCUGCGGGCUGUGGGGCGCGUGGUGCUGGCAGCAGCUGCUGCAGCAGCAGCGCGAGCUGCACGCGCUCAGGGACCACCUGUCUCUUCUUGAAGAACGCUGGCGCGCUGAGACCGCGUCCCACACGCUGAACAACCAAGUGGCUCCCGGUAACCGCGCCAACAACUACUGGGAUAACUUUAGAAGCUACUCGCGGCAGAACCUGCUGUCGGCGAACAGCAAGACCAACGCGGACGGGCAGCCGGGCGCGCCGGCGGCCGCCGCGCCGCUGGCGUCGCGCAGCCACAACGCGCUGCGCCGCGCGCCGCCGCCGCCGCGCCGCGCCGCGCCCGACGUGCUCAACCUGCCGCCCGCGCCCCAGCCGCACGCCAACAACCUGCCGCCCGCGCCCCAACCGCACGCCAACAACCUGCCGCCCGCGCCCCAGCCCCAGCCCCACGCCAACAACCUGCACGCGGCCGACAAGCGCAAGGCCUGCUCCAAGCUGCCCGCCAAGAACUCGCGCGCCGCCACCAGCAACCUCCACCUCCGCGAGAACCCCAACCUGGCCUCCGCCCGCCGCGACGCCGCCGACAAGGCGACUUCCAAACUUUUCGAUCUCCUCCGGGAGAACGUCUACUCCGAGGUGACGACCCUCAUCGGCGUCAACGAGUCCCACCCCGACUUCCUCAUUCAGCUGUUCAAGGAGCUGCAGCUGAUCAGCUCGGACCCGCUGCGGCAGAGGGUCCUCCAGUCCAUCCGGGGCGUCCUGUCCCGGUACGGGUCCGCGUCGGAGGGCCGGCCGGGCGAGCGGCCCCGCGAGGAGGCCGGGGCGGCCGCCGAGGGCGACUCCGCCGACCGCCCUCCUUCCGAGCGGGCCGGGUGCUCGACCGCCUCCCAGUUCGACAACAAUAUUGUUCGCUUUCUAUUACUAAAAAGUGAAGAAAUAUGCACCCCCGAGCUGUUGGACGCUCUGGCGACGCAUAUUUUAAACGGGGGCGAAGACUGUGGACGACCCCAGAUAUCUAAGAAGAGACUGCUCGAGUUCCUCUCUAAAUACGAGGGUAUGACCGUCUGCAACGUAUCGAACGACAUUAUCGAGAGCCUGCCGCUGGUGAUGUCGGGCGGCGGCGGCGGCGGCGGCGGCGGGGACGGCGACGGGGGCGAGGCGGGCCCGCCGGCCGAGCCGCCGCUGCUGCAGGACGUGGCGGGCUCGCUGAACCUGUUCGGCUCGAGCGAGCCCGCACUGCACGCGUGCCCCUACGGCGGGUGGCACGUGGACGGCGAGCCGGGCGAGGCCAGCCAGGACAAGGUGGACCUGCUCGACUGCUCGGAGAUGCACAACGGCGACCUGGCCGAGGCGGACCAGACGUGCGAGGCGCGCGACGCGGCCGAGGCGCUGCCCGACGUCGUGGACACGGAGGAGGCCGCGCCCGCUGAGGCUGAUGCAGAAUGGCUCGGGCUCGAUCGCGUGCCAACAAGGCUGCAUUUGGGAGAGUCAUCUGAAAAACAGAAAGGUGAUAUUACUAUAAUGUAAAAACGGAGCAAACACCCAAACCGCAAACUUCACAGUUCGCCUCGUGUUUUGAGUGGCCCUGAAAGUAAAUGUCACAAGAUUAGAUCUUCUCACUCCAUCUGAAACAGAAAGAUGAAACAAAUGGAAAUUAAUAAUAUUUCUUCUUUUUCAGAUUAAAUCUCGAGCAUCCCGUUGAAUUUCCGAUUGUGCAAUCUCGUUUAACGAUAGUACUUGAUUCUAUCCAUUUAUUUAAUAUGAAUUAUUCUAUAAUUUUAGAAUAUGCAAGUAUGUAUUUUGAAAAGUAUUUAAUGUUUAGAACAAUAAACCAUUAUUUAAAAAUAAA